ACAUACGAAUAGAUUUGAUUUGAGAGCAACAAACAAAUAUUGCAUUUGAAGUUAAACGCUCUCAACUCCACACCCUGACUCUACUUUCCCCACCAAAGAAGAAGAAAAGAAAAUCAGCAGAAGAUCAUAUCAUUCCUUGUCAGUUUGUUUUGACAGAAAUGGACGGUCACAAUUCAGAGGAAUCAAAGGAGAGUACCGCGGACAUGUCUGCUUUUGUGCAAGAUCUUCUUCAACAAAUGCAAUGCAGGUUCCAAUCAAUGUCUGACUCCAUUGUCACAAAGAUUGAUGAUAUGGGGAGCCGAAUAAACGAUUUGGAGCAGAGUAUCAAUGACCUAAAGACAGAGAUGGGCAUGGAGGGCUCUCCCUCUCCCGUGGUCUCAUCCAAACCAAAUGCCGAUGACAUGAAACCAGAGGAAGGCUCUGCGUAGAUUUAGCCAAAGCUCAAGUUCUCCAUUGCAUGCUGGAUUUUCUCUGUCUACCAUUGUGGCUGAGGAUUGACUAGUCAUUCAUGUGAGGAUAUAUGUGCUUUUGCUAUGCUGCAGCUGCAGCUGCAGCUGAUUUUUAUUUUCAUUUUAGGUCACUGACUUCCUAUAUGUUUUGAGUAACUGCUGUGUGUGUUACUUCAACUAUGAUCAUGAACAUUGCAAUCAAAUGAUGAUUACAUAUUCUAUGCUAGUGGCCCCAAUUCAAUCCAUAUUUUUGAAUUGGUGUCUAGUUCUCUAGAAUUGUUUGGAAA